AUGUUCAGACCUAAUUUGGGACUUUGUGCUAAGUUGCCAGGUUUCACCCCGGAACUUCUCAAAAUCGCGUGUGAUAACACUUUAGCAGGGCCUGUUCGACAAGCCUCUGUAAUCUAUUUCAAAAAUACUGUCUCAAAGUACUGGGAGGCUAAUAAUGAAGAUUCUAUUCCUGAAGAGAGACGUGACUCUUACGUCAUUCCUGAUGCCGAUAAAGAAGUCCUUAAAGCCAACAUUCUGGAGGCUAUCUGUAUCUCGCAAGAUUCUAUAAGGCCACAACUCUGUGUUGCUUGUCAAUUGAUGAUUCGCACUGACUUCCCAGAUAAAUGGAAUGGCUUACUUCCUGAGUUGGAGAAGAAGCUACUCUCAUCCGAGCCAGCUUACUUACUUGGAGCUCUCCUUACUGUUUAUAGAAUGUCUAAAGUAUACGAGUAUAAGAGAGCCCAAGAACGUUCUCCACUUGUACAUGUCAUGAAGGCAGUUUUACCAGUGCUCUACCAACACCUUGUUCAGUUGAUGCCAAAUCAAUCUGAGCAGGCUGUGACUAUUCAAAAGCUCAUGUUCAAAAUAUUCUACGCUCUCAUCCAGUUUAAUCUCAAUCUGGACAUGGUUCCCAUACCUUCUUUGGAUGCUUGGAUUGAGGCUUGCAAAGAAGUUCUAGUUCGUCCUGUACCCGAUGAGGUCAAUAGCAUCGAGGAUGAAGAAGAAAGAGCUUACACUGUUUGGUGGAAAUGUAAGAAAUGGGCUGCGAAAAUCAUCGAACGUAUAUAUGAGAGAUAUAGCACUCCUGGUCACAAGGAAGAAGGAUAUGCUGAGUUCGGAAACCAUUUUGUUCAGAAGUUCUCAGUUCCAUUCUGUGAAGUUAUGAUGAAAAUCUUGGAUGAAAAGAGAAAUGGAGUGUAUGUCACGGACAGAGUCACUCUGCUAGCUCUUGGUUUCCUGAAUACUUCGAUUUCGCAUUCUUAUACUUGGAAGGUCCUGAAACCACAUGCUCAGGAAAUAGUGACAACUGUUCUUUUCCCUCUGUUGUGCCACAGCGAUUCUGAUGAAGCUAUGUGGGAAGAAGACGUCGAGGAGUACAUCCGUUUCAAAUAUGAUAUCUUCGAAGACAUACAUAACCCUGUGUAUGGAGCUGGUAGCUUAUUAGGUUCUUUCGCUCGAAGAAAAGAUGUGUUACAUCCUAUUCUGGCUUUCACAAUUCAAAUUUUAUCUUCUUCGACUAACCCCAGAGAAGUCGACGGUGCCUUGCGUAUGAUUGGAGAGUUAUCGGAGCAGAUAUGUAAAAACAAGAAGUACAAAAAAGACGUUGAAAAACUAUUGGACUCUCAUGUUAUCAACCGGUUAUCUGAGCCUUGCAGAUUCAUUAGGGCUAGAGCAGCUUGGUGUCUCAAGCAAUAUUCUCCUGCCAUUUUCACUGCUAAGACGUUAUCCAAAGCUAUUGAGUCACUUGUGAACUGUCUGUGCAAUUCAGCAGAAGAAAUUCCCGCUAAAGUUGAGGCAGCUAUUGCUUUAGAAUCAUUCUUAGACGAUCAAGAUGGAUCUGCACGAGUAAUCCAACCACAUGUUAGUCGAAUUAUUCCUAAUGUGUUAGAAUUGUGUUCUAAAACUCAAAUUGAAGAUGUAGUAUCAGUUAUGGACAAGUUCAUGGAAGAGUUCAUGGAGGAUAUUGUUCCCAUCGCUCGCUCUGUUGCUGAUCAGAUGUGCAAGUUGUUCUUGGAAAUUAUCAAGAGUGAUGUUGCUGAUGAAAGAACUCCAGCUCUGAUGAGCAUAAUGAACAGCUUAUCCAAUGUUGUUGACAUCGUAGGAGAGCAUCCCGAAAUUAUGGUUCGAAUCGAAGAGAGUUUACUUGAAGUGAUCACUUAUGUUUUCGAAACAUCGAAUAUAGAUUUUUACGAUGAAGUGCUCAUAGUAAUACAAUCGCUCAUUUCGUUCACAGUUAGUGAGCCAAUGUGGCAAGUGUUUGAUAAACUAAUGGAGGCAUAUACCGCCAACCUUGGUGUGCUCCAGUUCAGUGACGUCAUCCCAGUCUUCCAUUUGUACAUAACCACGAACACGGAAAGCUUCUUAGCUCGACCUGAGCGUUUGAAUGCAGUGAUCAACUUGAGCAAGUCCGUUCUACAAAACAAAGAGGAAGGUGAUGAAAAUCAACUGUACGCUGCGAAAAUAUUGGAAAUCAUCUUGCUGCAAUGUAAUACAAUGAUCAAUGAGGUUAUUCCGUCUAUCAUGCUCAUCGCCUUAGAACGAUUAGGACAACCUUUCGAAGACGGGCUUACCGAGUUGAAGCAUAUGGUCCUCUUAGUAGUAGUUGCUGCUGUAUAUGUCAACAGCGAGCUUGCGUUCUCAGCGCUGAAAGAGCUGGCACCAGGCCAUCCAAAUCCUUUCGAUUUCAUAUGUAAUCAAUUAGUUGAAAUGGUGGAUCAAUUUUCUGGAAUUCACAAUAGAAAGAUGGCGUUGUUUGCUUGGUGUACCAUGAUGCAACUUCCUCCCAAUUUCAGACCAUCUAUCUUCUCUUUCGAUUCGAAAACUGUUCUUUUAUGUUCUAUUAAACUCUUUAAUGGGUUACAGAGAGCAUUGAAGGUACAAGCUGAAAAUCGAAAGUUGGGAAAUGAAGAAGAUUCUGACGACAGCGAUAUCGACAGUGAUGAUGAAGGACAUAGAAAUAUCGACGACGAUUUAUCAGACGAUGAUGAUCAGUACGACGAAUUGACUCUGGACUAUCUACGGAACCUAUCUAAAGAAAACAAAGGAGACGAUGACGAUGACGAUGAAACAGAUUUCGAUGAUGACGAAACUGAGAGUGAGCAAUACACCUGUUGUAUGGAUCGUGAAAAUGGCCCAGAUGUAUUCAUAACAUUCAAAAAUUGUCUUGAAGGUUUCAAAGUCAAGGAUGAAGUGUUAUUCUUACAAAUGGUCAAUAAUUUAUCAGAAGAACAACAACAAGAACUAUUAGCUUUGGAUAAGGUGUGUGAAAACCAUGUGAAAGCAGAACAGUCGAAGUUGGUACGACAGCGCGGAGGAUACUCCUUCAAUGCAGAAGCUGAAGUUCCUGGUAAUUUCAAUUUCGGUAAUUGA